ACGCGCCUGCAUGCUCGCGAACAGGAAGCAGCGCGUGCCUGUGAACACUGACGCGCUGGGGAACGGAUCGCGUCGCGUUUAAGGAUCUUUUUUCAUCCCUUUCAAGGGAUUUACGGUGAAAUAACGGGGGCUAACGGAGCAGUCUUGAUCAAACUAGGCAAGAGCCAGACCUUAUCCUCUGUCUUUUGAUUUUCAAGACCCUCUUUUGCGCUCGGUUCUUGGUUUUCUUUUCUAAAGAAGGGCGUGUGUGGUUUUCCGGAGAGGGAGCUGGUGCAUGUUGAAUACUGCGCGUGAGAUUUAAACGCUUCGGAUCGUCGCGAGGAUGGGCUGCACGUUAAGCACGGAGGAUAAGGCGGCGGUGGAGAGGAGUAAAAUGAUCGACAGAAACCUGAGAGACGACGGAGAGAAAGCGGCCAGAGAGGUCAAACUCCUGCUGCUCGGUGCUGGGGAGUCUGGGAAGAGUACGAUAGUCAAACAAAUGAAAAUCAUCCAUGAGGCAGGCUACUCGGAGGAGGAGUGCAAACAGUACAAAGCUGUUGUCUACAGCAACACUAUUCAGUCUAUCAUCGCCAUCAUUCGUGCCAUGGGGCGACUCAAGAUCGAUUUCGGAGACGCAGCACGAGCGGAUGACGCGAGGCAGUUGUUUGUGUUGGCGGGCAGUGCUGAGGAGGGUUUCAUGACAGCCGAGCUGGCUGGAGUGAUAAAGCGUUUGUGGAAGGACGGAGGAGUGCAGGCCUGUUUCAGUCGAUCCAGAGAGUACCAGCUCAAUGAUUCUGCAGCAUACUACCUGAAUGAUUUGGACAGAAUAUCACAGGCCACCUAUAUACCCACUCAACAGGAUGUGCUGAGGACCCGAGUCAAAACCACAGGCAUUGUCGAGACACACUUCACUUUCAAAGACCUCCACUUCAAGAUGUUCGAUGUUGGGGGUCAAAGGUCGGAGAGGAAAAAAUGGAUCCACUGUUUUGAAGGUGUAACUGCCAUCAUCUUCUGCGUGGCACUGAGCGAUUAUGACCUGGUGCUGGCCGAGGAUGAAGAGAUGAACCGAAUGCAUGAGAGCAUGAAGCUGUUUGACAGCAUCUGCAACAACAAGUGGUUCACGGACACAUCUAUCAUCCUGUUCCUCAAUAAGAAAGAUCUGUUUGAGGAGAAAAUCAAGAGGAGCCCACUCACCAUCUGCUACCCAGAAUACGCAGGGUCAAAUACAUAUGAAGAGGCCGCUGCCUACAUUCAGUGUCAGUUUGAAGAUCUGAAUAAGCGGAAAGAUACCAAGGAGAUAUACACUCACUUCACCUGCGCCACCGACACCAAGAACGUGCAAUUUGUCUUUGACGCAGUGACCGAUGUCAUCAUCAAGAACAACCUGAAGGACUGCGGACUCUUCUAGAAGCUGGCCUGUAUCUGGUGAAAUUGAAGCCAGUUUUGAUGUGCAUUUUGUUGGAGAAACAUUGCAAGACCAAGUAUGGAGAAAAUUGGUCUUGGACCAGUGCUGUACAUUACGCCACUUUUGUCAGCUUUAUUUAUGGUUUUUGUCUCUGGAAAUUUUAAAACGUAGCAUUUAAAAAUGAAUUGUGUUGAAUGUUCGUAUAGUCGUUGCCGUUGCAGCCAUGUUGUUUAUUUUUCACCCUGACAAAAGUUUGUUUCUUUUAAACAAGGGAUUUAUUUUUAUUUUGCUUUCUUGCAUCAGAGGAGUUCCCUUUUACUUGUAAAAUGUUACACUUUUUUUUUUGCCUUUGCGGUUGUUGCUAUGGGGAGAGAGGAAGAUUGUGCUUCUCAAUCCGGUUUGUUGGUUCUCGUGCCUUUGCAUGCGUUUCUGCAGUCUUUGUCCAUUUGCUUGGGUUUGCCUGCUGAAUAUCUCUCCAACGUCAAAAAAUUUCAUACUGGAUGUUACUAAUCUGAGAGCACAAAUCCUCAUAUGCAUCAAAUGUGAGUGUGUGUGAGAGAGAGUGUGCGUGUAUCUGUUUGCGUGUGUAUGUACAUAUAUAUAUAUAUAUAUAUACAUAUAUAUAAAAUACACCGAUGUAGUGAAAGCUAAUGGUUAAUACAGUGAGCGGUGGUCCAAACCUUCUGGGUCUCCAUGGCAACAAGAGUAGACCAAACAGCCACUUCAGAUGGAGAUGAGUCCUGUUCAGCUGUCAGGCGCUGAGAUGCUCCGCACGCAGGACUUGGAAUCUGUCUCUCAAGCACCUGUCAUCAAACACUGGCCGCCAUUUUAACGGCUUACUGCUCGGAGAAUUACAUGUCACCGAGGAACAUCAUUGAGAGACGAAGGGACUGACAAGGGGUUUGGGAUUUCACAAAAGAAAAAAACAAAACAAUAUGAUAAUGUCUGCAAACAGACGUUUGAAGCAAGCGAUACUGUUGAAUGAUUUUGAAGAAAACUGCCACCUCUGUCUGUGUGUUCUCCAUAUUGGGGGAACAUUUGUACACUCAUUUCCCUUAUUUUGCUAAUAAAAGGCAUUUACUUC